AAACAGCUAUGUACAUGUCCAUUGCGUUUAGGUAACUUUCAUUCAGCAGCACUGCUUGGUUAAAACAUUGCUCUCUUUGCGUUUUAUUUUGUUUCUAUUCCAUGUUCCACCACAGCUUGAGUUUCAACCUUCCUUUGGUUUGCAGGUUUGCGUCGAAAAAUGCCUUUCAAGAGACGAAAUGGCGGUCGGAAUAAGCAAGGACGCGGUCAUGUAAAAUACGUUCGUUGCGAGUCUUCUGGCGCUAGGGUGCCAAAAGACAAAGCAAUUAAGAAAUACAUCAUCAGGAACAUCGUUGAUGCUGCUGGGAUGAGAGAUUUAUCUGAAGCAAGUGUUUACGAAUCUUACGCCUUGCCAAAGAUGUACUAUAAAGUCUACUAUAGUGUUUCUGCUGCUAUUCAUUUAAGAUUGGUGAAGAACAGAUCUCGGCUUGCACGUAAGGAUCGCACACCACCACCAAGGUUCAGGCCAGGUGGUCAACAACAGCAACAACAGAAUCAAACACGUCCACGCGUUUCAUAAGUGAUGUGAAAUAAAUUAAGUGGAUCAAA